AUGGCGGCGGUCUAUGAGUCUUUAGCUAGCUGUCUUGGUCAAAGGUUUAUCAUUUUGGUGUUCUUUGCUCUGCAGUUUUUCUCCUGGUUUUUGAAGCUACAGACACAAAUGGAUCAGGGUGAAAGAGCUAAGCACAUGAAAACCAGAGACCAUCUCAAUUGUUAUCAGGAGCAAUGUGAUGCUAUUCUGAAUGACGUGAAUGCUGCUCUAGAACACCUGGACUCUCUGCAGAAGCAGUACCUCUUUGUGUCCAACAAGACAGGAACCCUCCAUGAGGCCUGUGAACAGCUCCUCAAAGAACAGUCAGAGCUGGUGGAUCUGGCUGAGAGCAUACAGCAGAAGCUUUCCUACAUCAACGAGUUGGAGAACAUCAACAGGUUCAUUCUCGCUCUGUCUCUGCGGAAAUUAAACUCACCCACACUGUCUGUAAACAGUGAAGGAUUUAUACCAAUGCUUUGGAAAUUGGAUGACUGCAUAGAGUAUGUUUCUUCCCAUCCAAACUUUAAGGACUACCCAGUGUAUCUCACAAAGUUCAAACAAUGUCUGUCUAAAGCCAUGCACUUCAUGAAGACUCACACUGUGAACACUAUGCAGAAUCUCACCGGCCAGUUAACAAAAAGGGAUCCAUUGGGUCUAGCUAACGCAGACAAUGCCUUCACAUUGUGCCAUGUCAAGUUCAGAGCUGCUGCACCCAAAGUCAGAACACUGAUUGAACAAAUAGAGCAGCGGUCAGAGAGAAUCCCUGAGUACCAUCAGCUGUUGGAGGAGAUCCACCAGUGCUACCUGGACCAGAGAGAGCAGCUCCUCAGGCCCGGCAUCACAGCCACCAUUACGGACCUGACCAGCCAAAACUACAAGGACCACUGUGCAUUAGUGCGUAGUGGCUGUGCCUUCAUGGUUCAUGUCUGUCAGGAUGAGCACCGGCUCUACGCUGAGUUCUUCUCCAAACCCACACCUAGACUACAUGGGCUGCUGGAGAAGCUGUGUCUGUCGCUGUAUGACGUCCUGCGACCGUUCAUCAUCCACGUUAUCCACCUGGAGACCCUGUCAGAACUCUGUGGCAUCCUAAAUAAUGAGAUGCUGGAUGACCACGUCCACAACAACACUGGUCAGCUGGGGGCGUUUGACGCUGGAGGACGAGAGGAGGACGUCCAGGAGAGGCUGGUCUACAGGACACACAUCUACAUCCAGACUGACAUCAUCGGAAACAACCCCGCCCCCGGAGACCUGGCCUAUCCUGAACAACUGGAGAUGAUGGAGAAAAUCGCCCAGAGCCUGAAGGAAGAGCAGAUUAAGCUAAUGGCCCACGAGUCCUCGUUCUCUGACGUGCAGCUUGAAUACCCAGAGGGCAGGAGAGCCAGUAGGAUAGACUCGUCCCGCUUGCAACCAUCCAUCUCUCCCGCUGACCUGCAUGGCAUGUGGUACCCCACAGUCAGACGGACGCUGGUCUGCUUAUCCAAGCUCUACAGGUGUAUAGAUAGAGCAGUCUUCCAGGGCUUAUCUCAAGAGGCUUUAUCUGGCUGCAUCCACUCCCUGCUCAAAGCCUCUGAUGUCAUCCUCAAGAACAAGACGCAGGUAGACGGUCAGCUGUUUCUGAUAAAACACCUGCUGAUCAUGAGGGAACAGAUCGCCCCAUUUCACACAGACUUUGCCAUCAAGGAGAUCUCUCUGGACCUGAAGAGAACCAGAGAUGCUGCCUUCAAAAUGAUGAACCCCAAAUCUGUACCUAGUUUCUUCAGACUCAACAGCCACAACGCCAUCCUAGAAUUUCUCUUAGAGGGAUCACCAGAGAUAAAAGAACACUACAUCGACUCGAAGAAGGACGUAGACCGCCACCUGAAGUUCAGCUGUGAGCAGUUCAUCCAGCAACAGAAUCAACUCUCUGUGGGGAAUCUGGAUGAGUUCCUCACCAAGGUGUCCGCUCUGAAAACCACGGUGAUCCAAGGAGGUCCUACCUACGGCCUCUCUCAACAACCUUGGGCUCAGCCAGCCAAGAUCAACGACAUAGUGAUGGCUACUUACCGGGUGAUGAAGAGCAAGCUGCCAAGCACGUUACAGAGCAUGUCCUUGUACCUGGCCAACAGAGACGCAGAGUUUAUCCUCUUCAAGCCUGUCCGGAACAACAUUCAGCAGGUGUUCCAGAGACUGCACACCUUGAUUCAGGAGGAAUACAGCGGCGAGGACCUUCAGAUCAUCGCUUGCCCUUCUAUGGACCAGAUGAACCUGCUGUUGUCUGUGAAUAAGUAGCCUGAAGGGGGGUUGGUCAGUAUCGAGCUCUGCCUGGUCUGGGCAGACAGCAGUGUUACUCCUGACCUGGCCAGACCAGGAGCCCUCGGUGGAGUGAGAGUCAAGGAAAAGUACCACUGGACAGGACUGUGCCAGUCUUUCGCCCUCGGGGCCCACCUAGGAAGACGGCAGGUGGCGCAAAAAUCCUACACAAGGCCAAAUAUACACUGACACACAACUGCUCUGAGCAUGUCGAGGUCCAGUCAGCCAGUUAGCCAUUCAGUCACUCAGUUGGUAGGUAGGAUCGUGGGAAAUGAAGAUUUUAUUUUUGCUACUGAUCUUGAAUCAACUUUUUUCAACUCAAAUUAAAGGUGGUUACGGUUGGACUAGGGCAGUGGUCACCAACCGGGCGAUCGACUCUGUCCCCUUUUCUCAGCGGAGAGAGGCAGAGAGUCGGGGACGUUGAGUCUGGUCAGAGGCAGCCUCACCUCCCCUCACCUCAGACUGAUGCAGGCCAUCAGUCCAGUAAAAAAAAAAGGAGUAUUAUGCUCAGUCAGCUGUUCCUCACAAGUAAUACAACAAAUGAUAUAUUACCAGUGUGAUCAUAUAGCUACAUUUUGUUAAUAUAACUUCAAAAUGGUCUGAGAACAACAUUGGCAGGGCAAUUCAAGCGUAGCCAAUAUCCAGUGAUAAUGUACUGGACCUAUAGCCUACUGCACAAACCUCAUUGCUACAGAAUUGGUUAAUGUUGCAUAGGUUUACGUUUUUUUAAGUGUAGUUCCCAAAACAAUCUGAGCGGUAGAUCACGGGUUGCAUUUUGAUUCAGUGAUCUUGACUCAGAAAAUGUUAUUAGCUACAG